AUGUUGGUGGAGACGGCGCAGGAACGGAACGAGCCCAUCUUCCCCGCUCUCAUCUACUCCUCUGCCAUGAUGUGGACAGUGGGAAUGGCGAAUCCAGCUGAACACAGCGCCUCCUCAGCAGAGGGGGCGGAGCAUAGAGACAGAGGGGCGGAGCCUGAGCGGGCGCCAUCACGAGGAGGAGAGGAGCUGGAGGAGGACCGGGGAGUAAAGUUAGGUCUGGGAGACUUCAUCUUCUACUCGGUGCUGGUGGGUAAAGCAGCGGCAACCGGAGGAGACUGGAACACCACACUGGCCUGCUUCGUCGCCAUCCUCAUCGGCCUCUGUCUCACUCUGGUCCUCCUGGCCAUCUUUAAGAAGGCUCUCCCAGCUCUCCCCAUCUCCAUCGCCUUUGGACUGGUGUUCUACUUCUCCACGGACUUCCUGGUUCAACCCUUCAUGGACAGCCUGGCCAAUCACCAGUUCUACAUCUGA